GUUCAAAUCAUAAACAAAUAAGGUUAUGUAGAGGACGAGAUCUAAUUAAAUUUUUUCGCAAAGAAACGAUUUUUUGGAAAAACUUAGUGUUGUCAACAGUUUGUGUGUUUGUUAGUGGAAUUGAAUUCGAGUGGUGUACAAGAUGACGGACGCGAAUAAUAAAAAAAUCGGGCAAAAUAGUAUUGUCCAACCCCUCCUGACUGAUUUAUACCAAAUAACGAUGGCCUAUGCCUACUGGAAGACAGGAAAAAUAGACGGAUACGCAGUAUUUGAUCUCUACUUUAGAAAAAACCCAUUCCAAGGGGAAUUCACAAUUUUCGCGGGCCUAGAAGAGUGUCUUAAGUUCCUCGAAAAAUUCAAAUAUUCCGAGAGUGACAUCGAAUACAUCAAACAAAUAUUGCCAACGUCAAUAGAAGAAGAGUUCUUCGACUACUUAAGAACGGUCACAGCAGACCAAAUCAAGUUUUAUUCUGUUAAUGAAGGUACAGUUGUUUUUCCUCGAGUGCCUCUAAUCCGAAUAGAGGGGCCGCUGGUUAUAGCGCAACUUCUAGAGACUACACUGUUAAAUUUGGUGAACUACGCUAGCCUGAUGGCUACAAAUGCAGCGCGAUAUAGGCUAGCAGCAGGCAAAUUAAAGUUGUAUGAGUUUGGUCUACGAAGGGCACAAGGUCCUGAUGGAGGCUUGUCAGCAUCUAAGUAUGCAUAUAUUGGUGGUUUUGAUGGCACUAGCAAUGUUCUUGCAGGGAAACUAUUCAACAUUCCAGUCAAAGGUACUCACGCACAUUCCUACAUCACAUCUUUUAACUGUUUAGAGGAUAUAACAAACAGAAACCUUAUGCCGAAGAAUGGUGGGGAAGCCAGAGACUUUUUGGAGUGUUCAUUAAAGUGGAGAGGAACUGUUGCCACCCUAUUCCAUGUGUUACUAUCAGAAGUUAGUGAUGGGGAGUUUGCAGCUUUUGUAUCAUUUGCUUUAGCACUACCAACUGGUUUUAUGGCACUUGUAGAUACUUAUGACAUCAAAAGAAGUGGUUUGAUAAAUUUUUGUGCAGUGGCAUUGGCGUUACAUGACUUUGGGUAUGAACCAAUAGGCAUUAGACUGGAUAGUGGCGAUUUGGCGUAUCUUUCAGGUGUUGCAAGAGAAUAUUUUGAAAGGAUUGCAGUAGAUUACAAUAUUCCAUAUUUUAGUAAGUUAAAUAUUAUGGCUUCAAAUGAUAUAAAUGAGGAAACUAUUAUAAGCCUAAAUGAGCAAGGGCAUUGUAUAGAUUCCUUAGGUAUUGGUACACAUUUAGUAACCUGUCAGAAGCAGCCUGCUCUAGGUUGUGUUUACAAAUUGGUGGAGUUAGAUGGUGAACCAAGGAUUAAACUUAGCCAUGAUGUGGAUAAAGUGACCAUUCCAGGAAAGAAAAAUGCAUUCAGACUUUAUGGUAAUACUUUUUCUUUGAUAGACCUUUUACAGAGAGCAGAUGAAACACCACCAACCACAGAAUCCAAAGUGCUAUGCAGACAUCCAUUUGAAGAAUCCAAAAGAGCCUAUGUUAUACCUUCAAAGGUAGAGAACUUACUUUUACUUCAGUGGAAGGAUGGUAGAAUCAUCAGGCCAUUACCAAACCUCCAGCAAAUCAAAGAAAAUGUCAAUAAAUCGUUGAAAAUACUCAGGCCUGACAUCAAAAGGAGUCUCAAUCCCACUCCCUACAAGGUUUCAGUGAGUGACAGUCUCUACCAUUUCUUACAUAAGUUGUGGCUGGAGAAUGCCCCCAUUGGGGAGCUCUCCUGAUAUGCAUGAACAACUUUUUCAUUCUUAAUUGUUUGAAAAAGUACAAAAUAAUUUAAGUACAAAUUGUUGAUUGACUUAGUCACAAAAAGGUUUAUUAGUGUUAGAAAUUUGGCUUAAAGAUUGUUAUCACACAAACAUGGGUCCACAAAUGAUUUUAUUUGUACUUACGUUGAUAAAUAUUGUUAAUUAGUUUUUAUUUUUUUAUAUUUACAUGCUGUGUUCAUAGAGAGACCAACAUUUUGUUGCUAAAGGUUUUUAACAUAUUUCUCGUAAUAGUUGUAGGUUAGUAUUAUAUUUGCUAUUAAACAUUCAUGUUUUCUUUAUAUCUGGGUUUUCUGUUUCUGUGUUAUUUGCAAUUAUUUGCACUCUAGAAAGCAAGUUGUUAUAUAAAAAAUGACAUUGAUAUAUUCAUUAUUGGAAUAUUUCUUAUAAUGCUUCUGUACUUUAUUAUUAAUGGUUCAUCGUUAAAAUUCU